CAUCAUCACAGUUACCAUCUCAUUCACAAACUUUUAACCCAUUAAUUUUCCGAGAAACGACACAAUGGUUCUACGCGGGAGAAUAAAUAAUCCAGUACUCUUCGUCUGCGAUCUCCAAGAGAAAUUCCGUACAGCGAUAUACGGAUUCGACAAAUGCGUCUUGACCGCCCAAAAACUACUAAAAGUCGGCCAAAUCCUCCAAAUCCCAACGUACGCCACGACCCAACUGGCCUCGAAACUUGGCCCCCUGGUCCCGGAACUCCACCCGCUCCUAGUGAAUGCAAAGGUCCUAGAUAAGUCCCUCUUUAGCAUGAUGACGCCCGAGCUCCGCGCACGCCUCGACGAGGACGGCGACGAUGGCGAGAAGAAGUCCGUCGCGCUAGUCGGGAUAGAGAGCCAUAUAUGCGUGCUGCAAACUUGUCUUGACUUAUUGGCCGCGGGGCAUGAGGUUUAUGUCGUUGCUGAUGGGGUGUCGAGUUGUAACCGGCAGGAGGUACCUGUUGCCUUGGAGAGGAUGCGGCGCGAGGGCGCGGUGGUCACGACGAGUGAGAGUUGGAUGUAUGAGGUGAUGGGUGAUGCCAAAAUUUCCGAGUUCCGCCAGAUGGUGGGGUUGGUGAGGGAGUCGAAGGAGUCGACGACGCUGGCGCUUCAGUCACUUUUGUAGCAGUCGUAAAUAGUUGUAGGCUGGGUUGGGAGUGGGUUCUCAUUAUUGGUCUA